AUGGUGGGACUCCACUACCAGACGAUGAAGGCCUAUCUUCCCCGGAUACGGUUUCUUACGGUCCAUUAUGCCUACUUCAUCGGGCUCUCUUUCAUUACCUCCGCCAUCUUCUGGGGCACCUCUUCCCCAGCCCAGAGUGUGCGAUACAUUGACUCAUUAUAUUUGACUGUCAGCGCCAUGACCCUCGCGGGCAUGAACACGGUGAACCUGUCUACACUCAAUACAUUUCAACAAGUCCUGUUGUUUUUUCUGAUAAUGUCUGGAUCGGCGAUCUGGGUGUCAAUCGCCAUGGUCCUAGUUCGCAAACAGGCCUUUGAAAGAAGAUUUGGAGAAAUUGUGAAAGCAGAGCGUCUCCAAAGAAAAGCUCGGAGCCAGAUUGGGAUUGGCCGUGUAAUUGCAAGGUCACGCUCGUUCUCCCGACAGUCUACUAUGCCCCAGGAACGUACUUGGCUGCCAGGACUCCUACCCAUGUUCCGCUCUCCAAGCUGGGGAGCACCGGUUGACCCUAGGAGUACUUUGCGACCCGGGAGCUCAGAAAAAGAUGACCUAGUGUCCGACCCCAGGCCCGGCCGCACUGAUGAUAGACAUGCCGGCCAGCAAUCGAACCAAGUUGUUUCAGAAGCUGGAGAUGAUGCUGAGCCUGUAGUUCUCAACGGAGAACUGCCCAGUGGACAAGUUAUCAGGGAGCAAAGGAGCCACGCGGAUAGUGAUGCUCAUAUUGCAUUCGCUUCCGACGCCGGAAAUGGCCCUGAAGACCAACAAGCUAGCCAGCUACGCCGACGCAUGCUUUCUCCGUACACAAAUGUUCUGAAUCGCUCCACCACGCUCGGCGAAUUGGAGCGAGGCCCGUCCUCUGAGGGCUCUGAUGGAGGCGAUCUUCACCUGAACCUUCUCCAUAAAUUACACCGCAAUUCUACAUUCCACAACCUCACUGAAGCGGAACGACAGCAGCUCGGAGGUGCCGAGUACCGCGCAGUCUGUUUGUUGGCUGUCAUCGUGCCCAUUUACUUUUUCCUCUGGCAGCUGCUGGGCGGGUUGGGGGUGGGAGCAUAUCUCGCACAGAACAAAGCGUCAGAGACCGAGUCUAACGGCCUAAAUCCUUGGUGGACCGGCUUCUUCUUUGCGAUUUCUGCAUUCAAUAAUUCCGGCAUGAGCAUCCUCGAUGCGAACAUGGUUCCCUUUCAAACGUCCACCUAUAUGCUUAUCACAAUGGGCCUCUUGAUCCUGGCUGGCAACACCUGCUAUCCGAUAUUCUUGCGAUGGAUAAUACGGGCUAUUCGACUCAUGAUACCCGAUCACGAGUAUUUUGAUCAGUUCCGUGACACGGUACAGUUCCUCCUGGACCAUCCACGGCGAUCUUAUACCACGUUGUUUCCCAGUACCCAUACUUGGUGGCUGCUUCUCUCUGUGAUUGUACUGAAUGGUAUUGACUGGGUGGCCUUUGAAGUGCUCAAUAUCGACAAUCCGGCUGUGAACGCCAUCCCGCGUGGAUCACGUGUGUUGGACGGAUUGUUCCAAGCCUUGUGCGUCCGAAGCGGGGGCUUCUACGUGGUCAACAUUUCCGCACUCCAGCUAGGGACGCAAGUAAUCUACGUGGUGAUGAUGUAUAUCUCGGUCUAUCCCGUUGUGAUAACGAUGCGGCACUCCAAUGUAUACGAAGAGAGGAGUCUGGGAAUAUAUGCAGAUGACCCAUCCAUGAACGAGGAUGAUCAGGAAUCAUCCUCAGAAUCUUCGGGAAGUCGACUGUCCAUGACUCCCGCCUCCGGAAGGAUUUCCUUUAUCCGGCAUCAGUUACGGGCGCAGAUGGCGUACGACCUGUGGUGGAUUGCGUUGGCGGUCAUCAUAAUUUGCAUUGUGGAGGCGGGCCAAUUCACCCGUGACCCUGUCACGUUCUCUGCGUUCAACAUCAUUUUCGAGACCGUGAGCGCCUACGGAUGUGUCGGGAUUAGUACGGGUCUUCCAAAUCAACUUUAUAGUUUUUCUGGGGCCUGGCAUACCUUGAGCAAGCUUGUUCUUUGUGCUGUGAUGAUUCGUGGACGGCAUCGAGGUCUGCCGGUCGCAAUUGAUAAGGCGAUUAUGCUACCGAGCGACAAGUUGAUCAGAGCAGAAGAGGAAGACGCUCAGAUCAGGAUGGAACGGACGAUGAGCCACAGACCUCGAUGA